GAGCUCACAAAGUUAACAAGAUUGGUUGAUCUGUAAGAUUCACAAAAUUCUCUCGUUUUCUGUAUUUCGCAUUCAUCGUUAUGCAUUUCAUAGAUGCAUAAAUUCCCUUUUAUCAUGAUAAAUCACAAAUCCUAAUUGCAGACGAUUUGGAAUUGCUGCAACAUACAGGUUUUACUAAUUUAAAUAUCACAGAUGCAAUUUUGUCUGUAAAAUGGAACUUUGGAAUGUAGGGUGUAUAUCAUAGUCAAGAUUCCUGGAUGAUUCAAUGUUUAUACUAUAGCUUUGUGUUUGCAGGUAAAGAUGUUCUUGCAAAAGCAAGGACAGGAACGGGGAAAACCGUAGCAUUUUUGCUCCCGGCAAUAGAGAUCGUCUCAAAAUUACCGCCCAUUAACCGUGAUCAAAAGAGGCCUUCAAUCAAUGUGCUUGUUAUUUGCCCAACUCGUGAACUUGCAGAUCAAGCUGGUGCAGAGGCAAACACCCUUUUGAAGUUUCAUCCCUCUAUCGGUGUACAAGUUGUUAUAGGUGGCACAAGACUGGCAUUGGAACAAAAGCGCAUGCAAGCUAACCCUUGCCAGAUUCUUGUUGCCACGCCUGGAAGGCUUAGAGAUCAUAUCGAGAACACACCAGGAUUUGCAACUCGGCUAAUGGGUGUGAAAGUCCUUGUUCUUGAUGAAGCUGAUCGUUUAUUAGAUAUGGGAUUCCGGAAAGAUAUUGAAAAAGUUGUUGCUGCUGUUCCAAAACAGCGUCAAACACUCCUUUUCUCUGCUACAGUUCCAGAUGAGAUUUUAACUGCCCUCUUACUUCAACUUGUAGCUGACUUUUUGUCAGAGCUGAGAUUGAAUGUAAGAGAAAUACAUUCUAGAAAGCCUCAAAGUUACAGAACCAGGGUGUCCAAAGAGUUCAAGGAGUCCAAAGGUCUAAUUCUUGUGAGUUCUGAUGUAUCUGCUCGAGGAGUUGAUUACCCGGAUGUUAGCCUUGUUAUACAGGUUGGUGUGCCUUCGGACAGAGAACAAUAUAUACAUCGACUUGGUAGGACUGGCAGAAAAGGUAAGGAAGGAAAAGGUAUAUGGCUGCUGGCACCAUGGAAAGAGUUCUUCUUGUCCACCAUCAAGGAUUUACCUUUGACAAAGGCUCCAGCACCCCUAGUUGACCCUGACACCAUAAAAAAAGGGGAUGAAGGAUGUGAGAUUGAUGUUUUAAUAGGCUCACUAAAGUCAAAAAUCAAGGACUUUGGCAGAUUUAUCUUUCUUUCUUUGGUUAAGAUUUUCUAUAUGAAAUUGAUUGUAAUAGAUUUCGUUGAUUAAGAUUUUCUAUAUGAAAUUGAUUGUAAUAGACUUUGUGAAUAGAAAUGGAUUUUACUUUAUAUUAGGAAUAUCAUGACACUUACUUUAAAUUUGCUUUGGUUCUUU